UGGGGGCAGCCAUAUCCAGCAAAAACUAUGGGGCUUGGAGGGAAAAAGAGAAUCGUGACGCCUCACGAGCAGAAUACCAGCCCAAGUCCUAAGAAGAGUCCUAAAAUCAGGGAAAGAAAGAUGAAGAGGAAAAAAAAGAAGAGAGAUAUGGAGGAGCUGAAGGAAGAAGUGGUCCUGGAUGAUCACAAAUUAACCUUGGACGAGCUGAGCGCCAAGUAUGCCGUGGACCUGAACAAGGGCCAUAGCCCCGAAGAGGCACAGCGAAUCCUGGCUCGAGAUGGACCCAAUACACUUACCCCACCCCGUAGCACGCCAGAAUGGGUCAAAUUCUGUAAACAGCUGUUUGGUGGCUUCUCCCUCCUACUGUGGACUGGUGCCAUCCUCUGCUUUGUGGCCUAUGGCAUCCAGAUGUAUUUCCAUAAGGACCCUACCAAAGAUAAUCUGUACCUGGGCAUUGUUCUAGCUGUCGUGGUCAUCAUCACGGGCUGCUUCUCCUAUUAUCAGGAGGCCAAGAGCUCCAAGAUCAUGGAGUCAUUUAGGAACAUGGUCCCUCAGCACGCUCUGGUAAUUCGAGGUGGAGAGAAGAUGCAGAUCCACGUCCAAGAGGUGGUGGUGGGAGAUGUGGUAGAAGUGAAGGGUGGAGACCGAAUCCCGGCUGACAUCCGGCUUAUCUCUUCACAAGGAUGUAAGGUGAGGGGACGUGACGCUAAGGAAGGGGCCAAGCCUGGUCUUAGAGCACUGUAG